GGAAAAGUUGUUGUGAUUACGGGUUCGAGUAGUGGUAUCGGAGCCGUCACUGCAGUCGAGUUCUCUAAAUCGGGCGCUCAGGUCGUGAUCACCGGAAGAAACGCUCAAAAUUUGUCAGAAGUGGCCAAAGAUUGCCAGAAAGUAUCGCCGAAAGGAUUGAAACCACUGGAAGUGUUGGCAGAUAUUAGUAAAGACGAUGAUUGCAAGCGUCUCNCACCGGAAGAAACGCUCAAAAUUUAUAUUAGUAAAGACGAUGAUUGCAAGCGUCUCAUCAAUUCUACAAUUAAAUCGUUUGGAAAACUGGAUAUUUUGGUGAAUAACGCCGGCUCUGGAAAUGUUACGACAAUAACCGAUACAAAUGUUAUGGAAAAAUACGACAAUCUUAUGAAUACAAAUCUGCGUUCAAUUGUCUAUUUAACUCAUCUAUCGGUUGAACACUUGGAGAAAACUAAAGGAAAUAUAAUAAAUAUCUCGAGUACUGCCGCACAUAAACCCAACGGACCGAUGUUUGGAUACUGUAUGUCAAAGUGUGCUCUAAAUAUGUUCACUAAAUGUCUGGCACUGGAAUUGGGAUCGAAAGGCAUUCGUGUUAAUGUAAUUAGUCCGGGUGCCGUUCGCACAAACUUUGGUCCAGCGAUGGGCACCUCUAAAGAGCACUACGAACUCCUAUUGGAAGACAGAGCGAAGACAUAUCCAUUGAGAAAAGUGGGCGAAUCUAUUGAUAUCGCAAAUAUGAUUGCGUUCUUGUCUUCAGACGAGUCUUCAUUCGUGACGGGAACCGAUGUGGUCGUCGACGGCGGCGGUCUUCACGCACCAAAGUCUGCAUUUUCUUAUCGUAACAAAUAA